AUGACGGCCGCCGCGGGUUCGGCGGGCCACGCCGCGGUGCCCCUACUGCUGUGCGCGCUGCUGGUGCCCGGCGGCGCGUACGUGCUGGACGACUCCGACGGGCUGGGCCGGGAGUUCGACGGCGUCGGGGCAGUCAGCGGCGGCGGGGCAACCUCCCGACUUCUAGUAAAUUAUCCAGAGCCCUAUCGUUCUCAAAUAUUGGAUUAUCUCUUUAAGCCAAACUUUGGUGCCUCUUUGCAUAUUCUAAAAGUCGAAAUAGGUGGUGAUGGGCAGACAACAGAUGGUACUGAACCCUCCCACAUGCACUAUGCAUUAGAUGAGAAUUUUUUCCGAGGAUAUGAGUGGUGGUUAAUGAAGGAAGCUAAGAAGCGGAACCCUAAUAUUAUACUCAUGGGGUUGCCAUGGUCAUUUCCUGGAUGGAUAGGAAAAGGUUUCAACUGGCCUUACGUGAAUCUUCAGCUGACUGCCUACUAUAUCAUGACCUGGAUUGUGGGUGCCAAGCAUUAUCAUGAUUUGGACAUUGAUUAUAUCGGGAUUUGGAAUGAGAGGUCAUUUGACAUCAAUUAUAUCAAGGUGUUAAGAAGAAUGCUGAACUAUCAAGGUCUUGAUCGAGUGAAAAUCAUAGCGAGUGACAAUCUCUGGGAGCCCAUUUCUGCUUCUAUGUUGCUUGACUCUGAGCUUUUGAAAGUGAUUGAUGUUAUAGGAGCUCAUUAUCCUGGGACCCAUACAGUAAAGGAUGCGAAGUUGACUAAGAAGAAACUUUGGUCUUCUGAAGAUUUUAGCACUUUAAAUAGUGAUGUGGGUGCAGGCUGCUUGGGCCGCAUAUUGAACCAGAAUUAUGUCAAUGGCUACAUGACUGCCACAAUUGCUUGGAAUUUGGUGGCUAGUUACUAUGAACAGUUGCCUUAUGGACGAUGUGGAUUGAUGACUGCUCAGGAGCCAUGGAGUGGGCACUAUGUAGUAGAGUCUCCUAUCUGGGUAUCAGCUCAUACCACUCAGUUUACCCAACCAGGUUGGUAUUACCUGAAGACAGUUGGUCAUUUAGAAAAAGGAGGAAGCUACGUGGCCCUGACAGAUGGCUUAGGUAACCUCACCAUCAUCGUUGAAACUAUGAGCCAUAAACAGUCUGCUUGUAUAAGGCCGUUUCUGCCUUACUUCAACGUGUCACGUCAGUUCGCUACCUUUGUUCUUAAGGGUUCUUUUAGUGAAAUACCAGAGCUACAGGUGUGGUAUACGAAGCUUGGAAAACCAUCUGAGAGAUAUCUUUUUAAACAACUGGAUUCUCUAUGGCUCCUCGACAGCAGCAGCACUUUCACCCUGGAGCUUCAGGAGGAUGAGAUCUUCACACUCACCACUCUCACUGUGGGGAGCAAGGGUAGCUACCCGCUGCCUCCCAAGUCCGAGCCUUUCCCGCAAAUUUAUGAAGAUGAUUUCGAUGUUGAUUACCCAUUUUUUAGUGAAGCUCCGAAUUUCGCUGAUCAGACUGGCGUCUUUGAAUACUUUACGAACAUUGAAGACCCUGGAGAGCAUCGUUUCACACUGCGCCAAGUUCUCAAUCAGCGGCCCAUUACUUGGGCUGCUGAUGCAUACAAUACCGUCAGUAUUAUAGGAGAUUACAAAUGGUCCAAUCUGACUGUAAGGUGUGAUGUUUACAUAGAGACUCCUGAGAAGGGAGGCGUGUUCAUUGCCGGAAGAGUAAAUAAAGGUGGUAUCCUGAUUAGAAGUGCCAGAGGAAUUUUCUUCUGGAUUUUUGCAAAUGGAACCUACAGAGUUACAGGUGAUCUAGCUGGAUGGGUCAUAUAUGCUUUAGGACGUGUUGACGUUACAGCAAAAAAAUGGUAUACGCUCACGUUAAUUAUUAAGGGCCGGCUGUCCUCUGGCAUGCUGAACGGCAAGACUGUCUGGAAGAACAUCUCUGUGAGUUUUCCGAAGAACGGCUGGGCCGCCAUUGGAACUCACUCCUUUGAAUUUGCACAGUUUGACAACUUUCAUGUGGAAGCCACGAGAUAAUAUUCACAGAGUACCCUAGAGCCACUCUUUGGAUUUUCUUUCUUUCUUUUUGGUUUUGAUUCAGAGCCAAUUCUUUUGGUGGAUCAAUGUGUGAGCCUCUUGGAGGCCAACAAUAGUGAAGAGUAAAUGGGGAGAGAACUAUAUCUUUGUUUGAUCUUCUGGAAGAUAUUCUUAGAAGUAAUGCCCAGGGGAACCAGAUGGAUCUUAAAGAUUACCCGAUAUGUCCCCUAGAAUUCAAGCUGUGCAGUGGUCCUAUUGUUAGAAGAGUGGUUUGGGUGGUUCCCACCUCGAAGCCUUGGCAUUCAUGCUGAGAUGGCUCUCUUCCUCGUACGUGCAAGGGAUUGUGCUGACUGCAGGAACUUGAUCAUCACAGGAACGGACUGUGUGACUGAGUGAGCAGAUGGCCUCAUCCCGAGGUAAUGCCACACUAUAGGGAGCUGAAGAACACUGGAAGUGCUGCUUUUUGAAAACCACUUAAACACAAUAAUCUUACACUCUAGAGAGUAUUUUUUCUUUUCCUUUAUAUGAUGAUGCUUUUAAAUUAUAAAUAUGAUGAGUGGAUGAUUUAGAAAAUGCCUCAUUAAUAAACUACCUCUCAAGCUAUUUCUGCAGUAAUAAAUAUGAGCAGAUUAA